AUGUUUCCCAUCCACUCUAAAGGCCUUGAACAGGAGUUAAACUUUACAAGUCGGCCAGACCAGAGGACAUGCAGGGGGUUCAACAUGCGAGUGUUUCGCUGGUCUCAGUCAAUGGUCUUCUUCAUUGAGGAGAUCAACCGAAACCCUGCACUCCUGCCAAACAUUACGCUGGGCUACAGGCUUUAUGACACGUGUGGGCUGACUACAUUGUCUCAGAGGACAGCAUUGUCUGUGGUCUCUCAACCCAGAAAGAAAAGCAGUUCUGGGGUGUGCUCUUCCCCAAGCAUCCCCAUCAUCAUUGGGGACUCUGGAUCCACCCUGUCUAUGGCCAAUUCCAGACUACUCAACUUGUUUCGUAUCCCACUGGUGAGUUACUUUGCAUCGUGCGCUUGCCUGAGUGACAAGCACCAGUUCCCUUAUUUCUUUCGCACAAUCCCCAGUGAUGUUAACCAAGCCAACGCUCUUGCACGUCUGGUCAAGCACUUCGGGUGGACCUGGGUGGGCACGGUCGGUGCUGACGAUGCUUACGGGCGCACCGGCAUAGACAUGUUUACAGCGGAAGUGACUCGCCUUGGUGUGUGUGUGGCUUAUCGAGUGAUCAUCCCCAAACUCCCGACUCAGCAACAGCUGCAAGAAAUCGUAAGGACCAUACGAGAUUCAACAGCACGUGUUUUGGUGGUUUUCGCCAUUGAGGAGGAUAUCAAACCAGUGGUGGAUGAAAUAGUACGGCAGAACGUGACUGGGAAGCAGUGGGUGGCUAGUGAGGCGUGGGUGACCUCCACUCUCAUUUCUACCACAGAGAACUACCCCUCCCUUAGCGGCACCAUUGGUUUUGCCAUCCGCCGAGCUGAGAUACGGGGCCUCAAAAGCUUUCUUGAAAGCAUACAGCCUCUGGCUAAGCCCUACAAUCCAUUUGCAAGGGAAUUCUGGGAAACACAGUUCCAGUGCUCUUUAAACACAAGUCUUCCUUUUGCGUCUACAACUGAGCCGGUCCAAUACAGCCGCACGUGUAGUGGAAAAGAGAUGAUCCAGGACACUCAGAGUAUUUAUAAUGAUGUGUCUGAGCUCAGGGUGACAUAUAACGUGCACAAGGCUGUUUAUACUGUCGCGUAUGCGCUACAUUACCUGCUUCUGUGUCAGAGAGAGAAUGUGUCUGCCUUUACACAACCAUGCCCUGAUAUCCUCAAUCUACAGCCCUGGCAGGUUGUUGAGGUUCUACGGAAAGUGAACUACACGAACAUAUUUGGUGAUUUGAUUUACUUUGAUAAGAAUGGAGACCCUAUCGGGUCAUAUGACAUAGUGAACUGGCAAAGAGGGAGAGAGGAGGAUCCGGUGCAGUAUGUUACAGUGGGUCGCCUUGACUCCUCGUCCCCGACAGCACAGCAGUUAGUGCUAAACCAGGACCAAAUCAUCUGGCAUGGGGGAAGUAAGAAGGUACCAGUGUCAGUGUGUUCUGCUAGCUGCCCACAGGGAUUCAGGAAGGUUACACGAGAGGGUCAGCCUGUGUGUUGCUAUGAUUGUGUGCUUUGUGCAGAGGGCAGCAUCAGCAAUACUACUGACCAGUCCGAAUGCAUUCCGUGCCCUGAGGAUUUCUGGUCCAACCAGCAUCGCAACCAUUGCAUCCCCAAGCAGAUUGAGUUCCUGUCAUACUCAGAGGCUUUUGGAAUGGCCCUGGCUGCUACAGCCAUUCUGGGUGCCGUUUCUGCAAUGACAGUCGCUGUGAUUUUCUUCCGCCAUCGUUACACACCGCUGGUUCGUGCUAAUAACUCAGAACUGAGCUUUUUGUUGUUGCUGUCUCUCACUCUCUGCUUCAUGUGUGCGCUAACCUUCCUGGGCCAGCCAUCGCGAUGGGCCUGCCCUCUUAGACGGACAGCUUUUGGCUUGACCUUUGCCCUUUGCCUCUCCUGUCUCCUCAGUAAAACCCUGGUGGUGCUAAUGGCCUUUAAAGCCACGUUGCCUGGUAACAACACAGCUCGUUGGUUCCGCCCCCCUCAGCAAAGACUGGGUGUGUUUUUGUGUUCCGUCCUGCAGGGUGGAGUUUGUGCGGCUUGGCUUACCAUAGCUCCUCCGUAUCCUGUGAGGAACACCUGGCUGUACCGCGACCGGAUUAUUUUAGAGUGUCACCUGGGUUCGGUAGCCCUUUUCUGCUGUGUAUUGGGUUACAUUGGCUGCUUAGCUGCCUUCUGCUUCAUCUUGGCUUUUUUGGCUAGAAAGCUGCCUGAUAACUUCAAUGAAGCUAAAUUCAUCACAUUCAGUAUGCUCAUAUUCUGUGCUGUGUGGAUCACAUUUAUUCCAGCUUAUGUCAGUUCACCUGGAAAAUUCACAGUAGCUGUGGAGAUAUUUGCCAUUUUAGCUUCUAGUUAUGGAGUGCUUCUAUGUAUUUUUGCCCCUAAAUGUUACAUCAUUAUUUUCAUGCCUGAGAGGAAUUCUAAGAAGUAUCUCAUGUCCCAAAGAUGA